GGCUGUGACGUCAUCAAGCGCUGGGUUGAGCAGCAGGGAGAGAGCGCGAGAGCGCUGCGGCGGAGUUUCUAUAGGGCCUGCGAACGAAGAACAGGGAGGACAACGAAGAGCACGCUGAACGGGAUUUUCCUUCGCCUUCUUCUGAAUGCAUCCACACCGAGGCUAAUCGGGAUAAAGGUCGUUUCCAUCCACAUCCCUUCGUUUUCCCCGAACUGUCCAGAGGCAACCUGUAAAGAGGGACUCCAUGAAAGAUGUCAGAGGAGGCGAUUGUUAUUGCCAAGUGGGACUAUACGGCACAGCAAGACCAGGAACUUGACAUUAGGAAAAAUGAGCGUUUGUGGCUCCUGGAUGACUCAAAAACAUGGUGGCGAGUACGAAAUGCAUCCAACAGAACAGGCUAUGUUCCUUCCAAUUACGUCGAACGCAAGAACAGUCUAAAGAAAGGCUCUCUGGUGAAAAAUCUCAAAGAUACACUUGGCUUGGGAAAAACGAAACGCAAAACGAGCACACGGGAAGCCUCUCCAACACCCAGCACCGAUGAGUACUCGUCUAAUGGAGGUGGAGCAGAACGAAUAUAUGAUUUGAACACUCCAGCUGUGGUGAAGUUUGCCUACAAUGCGGAACGGGAGGAUGAGCUUAGCCUGGUGAAAGGAGUCCGGCUGAUGGUGAUGGAGAAAUGCAGCGACGGCUGGUGGCGGGGCAGCUAUAACGGUCAGAUGGGCUGGUUCCCCUCUAACUACGUCCAGGAGGAGGAGGUGGAGGACACGUCAGCUGACUUUCCCGCUGUCUUCUCCUCACGGCCGGUCCUCAGUAACGGCCAGGGCCCCAGAGUCCUACACACUGUUCAGACGCUCUACCCCUUCAGUUCCGUCACGGAGGAGGAGCUGAACUUCGAGAAGGGCGAGAUGAUGGAAGUGCUGGAGAAGCCAGAGAAUGACCCCGAAUGGUGGAGGUGUAAGAACUGCCGUGGGCAGGUGGGUCUGGUGCCAAAGAACUAUGUGGUUGUGCUCAACGAUGGUCCAUUAGCCUUGGGCUCCCAAUCCCAGCAGAACAGCCACACGGGACCCUCCCACACGGGGAAAUUCGCCGGAAAGGACUGGUACUAUGGCAACGUGACACGGCACCAGGCUGAGUGUGCGCUGAACGAGAGGGGGGUGGAGGGAGACUUCCUUGUGCGAGACAGCGAGUCCUCUCCAAGUGAUUUCUCAGUGUCGCUGAAAGCAGUCGGGAAGAACAAACACUUUAAAGUGCAGCUGGCUAAUGGAGUUUACUGCAUCGGUCAACGCCGCUUCAAUACUAUGGAUGAACUGUUAGAGCACUACAAAAAAGCUCCCAUCUUCACUAGCGAACAUGGAGAGAAGCUUUACCUUAUCAAACCCCUCCAGUGACCUUCCACACACAAAUGAGCCUUACAACCAGACCUGACUGGACCAGACCAGAUCUGACCUCACACUGAGCCAAGUGAUCUGCAACUCCUACUUACCGCUCAUUUCUCACCAGCAAACAGGGGACUUAGUGAAUACGAACCCACAGGAAAAUCACAGGAUUUAACAUUGUUGUUUCUGCAGAGGUGUCCGUUUUGUCCCUUUAGCUCUUCUAUUCAGUGGUUCACCUAAAUGAAUAUCGCCUUUUCCAAGUGAUAAUUUAAGCACUUGCCCAUUGCCUUGACCGACAGCUCAUUUUCUGUUCACACUAAGCCGGCGUCGAGAUACAGGACAGCCAACAGAUGCGGCCUUCAUCUGAUACAGACUGUUUUGGCAGUACAAUAUUCAAAGUCAUCACAGGGCAAACUGUAUAUACAUGGGAGUUGCCAAAGAGAGAGAUGGCCACAGGUACUCGUCGCCCCCUGCUGGAUGAACUGAGAAAUGUCAACAGGAGGGUCUUUAUAUGAUGAAUGUUUUGUAGAUGCUUAACCAAAUGUGCCACCUUCACAUUCAAGCACUGCUCGUCUAGUAUAUAUAUAAAUAUAUAAGAGAACUAUAUCCACCUCAUUCAGAUUCACACAUCUGUAUCAGCGUAAAAAGUGUUGCCAUAAACCUCCAUAUUACAGCAAAACACUGUUAGAGUUAAAUUUCUAAAGGGCACCAUUUGAAGAGAAUGGUUUGGUCUAUUUACAAAUGAGUCCAUUCAGCUUUUAGGUUUCAGAGCUUUUAUAAAAGUAUGGUACAUAUGAAUGUUACUGAGCAUUGUUAUUUAAAAUCAUGUUUAUUUAACGAGAGGAAGACAAAAAAAAAAGCUGCGGAGAAGGACAAUGUAGUAAGCUCCACAUCCAUGAUAGCUGUGCAAAAAGUUGAAAUACUUUUGUGUAAUUAAACAUUUUGCAAGAGUAA